AUGGCGGAGGCGGCUGGCCAGCCCGGCUCUGAGGCGCAGGAGGAGCUGCUGGUGGAGGAAGAAGGCGCGGGGCUCGCCACGCAGUGGAGCGGGGAAGAGGAGGAGGAGGCUGCCCGGGAGCGGAGUCGGCGGGAGCGAGACGGGCAGCAGAAGGACCGGGACCAGGAUGGAGGCAGCCCAGCCCCGGAGCCCCCCGAGCAGGAGACACUGCUGAAGGCCUCGGAGGCCCCAGAACCGGAGGAGGACGAGGGGUUCGGCGACUGGGCCCAGAAGUCGGAGCUGCGGCAGCCCCUGCGGGGAGAGAGCCCGGAGGGCGAGCAGGAGGAGGCCAGGCCCUGUGGACCCCAGGAUGGUGAUGAGCUGUGUCCUGCCAGGGUCUCCCUGGAGGAGCUGCAUCUGCACUCCAACUCCGAGGCCCAGGAGGGGCCAGGGCCGGAGCAGGCAGAGCCCGAGGACCCAGAGGAGACGGGCCGGGGCAGCCCGGGCCCAGCAGAGGAGGCCGAGGAGGCCGAGGAGCACCAACAAUGGCAGCGGCCUGGAGCGCCCAGCCCCUUGCUCCUGGAGGCGACAACCGAGCCGAGCUCGCCUCCCCUCAGCCCCAGCACCAAACUCCUGGACAGAACCGAGUCCCUGAGCCGCUCCAUCCAGAAGAGCAACAGUGUGAAGAGGUCCCAGCCAGCCCUGCCCAUCUCCAAGAUUGAUGACCGGCUGGAGCAGUACACCCAGGCCAUCGAGACUGCUGGCCGGAACGCCAAGCUAACUCGACAGCCCUCCAUCGAGCUGCCCAGCAUGGCCGUGGCAAGCACCAAGAGCCUGUGGGAGUCGGGAGAGGUGCAGGCUCAGGCUGCGGCCAAGAGCCCCUCCUGCAAGGACAUCGUGGCUGGAGACAUGAGCAAGAAAAGCCUCUGGGAGCACAAAGGAGGCUCCAAGACCUCCUCAACCGUUAAGAGCACCCCCUCCGGGAAGAGGUACAAGUUUGUGGCCACCGGACACGGGAAGUACGAGAAGGUGCUGAUGGACGAGGGCUCGGGGCCCUAA